AUGCUAAACCUUAUUCUAUCGGAAAACUACAGGAGUCAUUCAAGAAUAAUAAUGCCACGGAUGAUUGGAGGCACUCCUGCUGAAGAGGGUGAAGUACCAUUUAUAAUGGCUAUUUUCCGUAGAGGGAACUUUAAAGGAUCAUUUUCAUUGAUCACUACCACAACAGCAGUUGGAGCUGCCCACGUCAUAUAUAAGAAGAACGUAACCACAGGACUCGAGCAAUUUACAAUUUCAUUGGCAUUGGACAUUUACGGAACAGUUGGAAACAUUAACAAACACAAAGGUUCCUUGGUGUUUUUCAAAAGAAACAUUAUACAUCCUAAUUAUGAUCCGGACACAUUCGAAAAUGACAUUGCUCUUUUAAUUCUGAAAAAGCCCAUUGUAUGCACACCAACAUCAUAUCCAGUAGCAGUAGCUGAUAGAAACCAAACAUAUACUUCAGGACACGCUACCUUAGUAGGAUGGGGAAGGAUAGGAGAAAACAAAACUAGCGAUCUUCAAAUAGCAGUUGUAAAGCUUAUAGAUCCGUCGCCAUGGCUGAAACGUUUUAAAUUUCCUUUAAAAGCAAGUGAUAUCAUUUCGAGGGAUUUGGGAAUUUUAGCAAUGGAAGGUGAUUCCGGUUCUCCUUUGAUACGCAAGGAUCAAUUUGGAAGGCAAAUUUUGAUCGGUGUAGUCAGCGCAAUGGGCCAAUCUACGCGUGUCAUAGUUUACAUGUCGACUAGUUUUUAUCACGAUUUUAUCAAAGAUAAUAGUGAGGGUGAAAUAACAUUCCUGUGAAUCGCAGUGUAAUUUAUUCGUUUUCUCAGUAUAAACUUUUUUCCGAAAUGUUAUUUUACGUAUUCAGCCUAGCAAGAGACAUUGACAUUAUUUUUAAUCAUGUACCAUUCACAUUUAUAAUUAAAUGCGCUUAGACUGAAUUAAUUUUUGAAAUAAAUUUAUAAUUAUUAUUAUACAUAAGGAGUUUAAAGAUAGCAAUUUUAUAUUUACCAUAUUUGUUUAUUUAUUUUAUUUAUUUAAUCAUACGACCCUAUGGCCAUUGGCCUUUUUCAAGGGUCAAAAGAAAAAUUAAUGAUACAGACUUUUACCAAGUAUACAAUCAACAAAACAACAAAAAAAAACAGAAAAGAAAAAUACAAUAACAUCAAAACAAAAAAAUACACUCAACUAAUCACAUAUCAAUAUUUUCACAGCCCGUUUAAAUUGUCCGUAAGUACACAAUUCUUUAUAUUCUUCUUUUAAGGCAUUCCAACUACAUAGAUCAAUGCGAACUCGUCAGUAGGGGAAUGGAUAAAACCGCUGAAUACAGGUAGUCGUGUGUUCACCUCUCGCCAUCAAGCUGGCUACGUGGAGUUUUUCGGGUUUCCUUCUUAAAUAGCAGGUCAGUUUUCAUGGAAAGUUUUCCCAGAAGGCAUUCCUCAUUGGUAGAUCGAUUAAAUACUUUAUUCCGUUACCUUACCCUAUUAAACCAAGCAAUCAAAAAAGAAAAGAAUGAAAAUAGAAGGUGCAAAGUG